CGUCGAGACCCCACCUACGUUUCUGAAGCUGAUUGGACUCGCGCAGAUACACAGCUAUGAUUUAAUAAACAGAAUAGUGGACACAUCACUCUGUCCUCGCGGAUCUCGUCGUUGCACUGCUGGAGCUAUCCGUAUCAUCGUUUCGUUCUCACCACCAAGCAUCCGCACCCGGGCGCGCGCACGGUCUUCUCCAACUGUCUCUAACAUAAUAUUCAUAUUUGAAUAUUACCACGUCGGAAAACAGCUUGUCUAGGCUAUAGGUGGUGUUAAUAAGAAGAUGAAAAACGGAUUGUUGCUGGUGGCUCUGUUCCUCGUCAUGAAACUCCGCUCAAGCCAGUCCAGCUGCGAGGAGCCUGCUGCUGGGGCGCUCAGAUCAACUGCUGACUCAGAGGAUACUCCAGGUCUUGAAAACCUCAAGCGGACCAUUCUGAAGAGAUAUAACGACCUAGAUUAUGACAGCUUUGUUGGGCUGAUGGGUAGAAGGGGCGCUGAUAUUUAUGAAGUACCUCCCUCUCCACAUAAAAGAGAGAUGGAUGAUGUCUUUGUUGGGCUUAUGGGCAGAAGAAACUUGGAACAAGGCAACAUGCGUCCUUUGAGAAAGGAGGCAUACCCUGAGACAAGAAGAGGAGGCUUAUUCUUUAAUAAGUGCAGACUGAGGUUUCGGCGUGGGCUGUAGACAAGACAUUCAUCCAGACCCAUCCCUAACAUCCAGCCAAGGCAAAACCCCUUUUCAGAAGAUUGGAGUUAUUAUUAUACAAAACAGAAAAGAAACAACUAUUUAUUUUACAAAACAAAGUAUUUGCGAAAACAUCUAUGGAAUUUAAACUGACCAAAAUCAACCUGCUACUGUAACAUGUGCCCGAUGAGUUGUCAUAGCUAUAAUGUAUUACCUGAAAGAAAUCAGUAACAGUCCCAUCUGAUAUAACAACUAUUUCUUUACCAUAUGUUUGUGAUUCAAAUUAAAGAAACAAUCAAAUGUG